AUGGUGCGUAAGUUGGAGAUUACUAUGCCAUUUCACGAGGUUAUCACUCAGAUGCCAUCCUACGUCAAAUUCCUAAAGGACAUUCUCACAAAGAAACGAGUCAUCGAGAAAGAAACCAUCACGCUCAAUCCCGAGUGCAGCGCCAUUCUUAAGCACGAUCUGCCACCAAAAAUGUCAGAUCCAGGUGCCAGUGUCAGUCUCCUACCACUCUCCAUCUACAAGAAACUCAACGUGGGAGAACUCAAACCAACUCGCAUGGCUCUUCAACUAGCUGAUCGUUCUGUCAAAUAUCCUCUCGGUAUUCUCGAGGACAUCCCGCUGAAAGUCGGCGAUUACUAUGUACCUGUCGAUUUCGUUAUGAUUGACAUGGACGAAGACUCCAAAAUCCCGAUUAUUCUAGGACGACCGUUCUUAAACACCGCUGACGCCAUUGUCCACUGUGACACCCGUAUCCCGAUUCUCAUAAACAGGAUGCAUCACAUGGACUAA